AAAAUGGUAGGGCCUAAGACAAUGAAGCUGGCUAUGAUACGGGUGCCACAAAGGGCAGCCUGGCUGGGAAUACGACAGCCCACUUGCACGGAACACAAGGUCCCUCCAGCCAGUUAAACACGCUCCACUGGAGUCGACUACGCGUCUUGUCCCCGCCCUCCGACGAAGCACAGCAUCCGUCCUCAUCCACGCCGCGUGAUGCCCCUCAUAUCCACGCAGAGCAGCCCGUGGAAUUGUAGUAGUAGUAGUAGCAAGACUGCUCCUCUCACCUUUUCAUCCUUUUCUUUCAUGGAUUCGCCUUUUUUCUGGAAUAUUGCUCCAUCCCGUCGCGAGUGAGGCGCUGUGAAUCCUGAGAGGGGAAGUCUCCUGGCGGGGAGGCAAGAUGGCGUCCAACCACAUCCUGCGCAGUUACUCCAUCAUCCCGUGUUUCAUCUUCGUAGAGCUCGUCAUCAUGUCCGGCACGGUGCUGCUGGCCUACUACAUGGAGUGCACGGACCUUUUCAGCGUGCACAUGCAGGGGUUCUUCUGUAAUGAUGCUGAGCUGAUGAAGCCGUACCCUGGGACGGACGAAUCCAGCUUCGUACCCCCCCUCAUCUUGUACUGCGUGGUGGCUGCUGCUCCGACUGCUAUUAUUUUCGUUGGGGAGGUGUCCAUGUAUGCCAUGAAAUCUACGAGGGAAUCUCUCCUCGCCCAGGAGAAGACCAUCGUAACUGGCGACUGCUGUUACCUCAACCCACUCAUUCGCCGCAUCAUACGCUUCAUAGGUGUGUUUGCAUUCGGCCUGUUUGCCACAGACAUCUUUGUCAACGCAGGCCAGGUGGUCACAGGCGGCCUGUCGCCCUACUUCCUGUCAGUGUGCAAACCCAACUACACCGGCACAGAGUGCCGUUUGAACCAUCAGUUUAUCGUCAACGGCAACAUCUGCACCGGAAACCCCAUCAUUGUGGAGAACGCCCGCCGAUCUUUCCCGUCCAAAGACGCCUCGCUGAGUGUUUAUUCUGCUGUUUACCUGACGAUGUACAUUACCAGUACCAUCAAGACCAAGUCCAGCCGCCUGGCCAAGCCCGUGUUGUGUCUGGGCACUCUCUGUUCAGCCUUCCUUACAGGACUCAACCGGGUCUCAGAGUACCGGAACCACUGUUCAGACGUCGUGGCUGGAUUCAUACUGGGAUCGGCGGUCGCACUCUUUCUGGGCGUUUGCGUUGUGAACAACUUCAAAGGCGUCCACGGCGCAACAACCAAACAGAAGAGCGAAGAUUACCGCGGCCUCCCCCUGAUGACUUUUCCUCGUGUCGAGAGUCCUCUGGAGACCCUCAGCGCACAGAACCACUCGGCAUCAAUGACGGAGGUCACAUGACUAAGGGGGCAGCACCGGGUCACGUUUGCGUCUCCACAGCACUUCCAGACACAAUGAUAAGGACGCAUGUGGCGUGGCUUCGAUUGCUUAACAAAAUCAAACACUGAUAUAUCUGUCUAGUUCACCCCCGGCGGGGACAAACUCCACCAUGUUUGGGAUGGUUUCACGCUGGGGUUAAGUAUUCCAAAACAAGCACAGAUUGUUUCCUCAUAUUCCUACAAGUCAUUGCAACAUGGGAGGUGUUGUGUUUUUCGUUGGAGGAUGGUGUUUUGCACAUUUUGUAUAAGCGGUUGCUGUUAUCCUACCCUGACCGUGUUCCACCUGCACACCUGUGUGUUACAUCACAUCCUGUCAGGUGACUUUCCUCCGAUCACCGUGUCUCUACCUCCCCCGACCCCCUAAGUCUGAAAAUUUGCUAUGUAAAAUUAGCAAUGUUGAUGUUGUCAUUCUGUGAUGUUUGUCAUUUGUACAGAAAAAAAUCCCAGAUAGAAUUGUUCUUUUUACGAUGGCUGUGUAUGAAUUGACCAUGUCAGGUCAUAUUUUGUAAAGAUUUUUGUUAAUCUGUUACUAUUACGAUCCUUUUCGGACCUGUUUGCCUGCUGUAAACUUACGAUAUGUUUUGGUAUCAUAUUCAGACACAUGGGGUGCUGGAUUAUCAGCCACAUGUAUGGAAAUAUGUUGAUAUGUGUGUCCUGAUUCAUUGUUUUCAUUCGGGGAAAUUCUCUUCAGAGAGGUUCUGCUGGGCUAGCCUGUGCCACAACACAAAAGAUACAUUUCUGUUUGGUAGAUAAUGACUCUACUAUUCCCUUCUGAAUGAUGCCCCGUUUGUAAGGAACAUGCAUUUCACAAAGAGAAAAUGUGUGCUAUCAUGAAUUGCUAUGUACUUUGAGCAGUUGCUACAUACAGAUCACACGCUGCAGGGUAAAGCAACACCUCUCAGGUUACACGCAUACCUUGACAUCAACGAUGAAGACCUACACAUCUUACUCCUUACACAAGUUCCAGUACCAGGUGGCCAUAAGUCAACAUCAUCAGCCGUGUGUUCUGUUCUCUGUGAUGUCAGUACACUGGUACCUCGCUUUUCCAAAACUGAAAUAUACGGAAAACGAGUCAGUUUUUCUCAUAGUAAAUAAUAUAAAUCCAAUUAAUCUGUUCCGUACACCCAAAUAUAUGAACAAAAAUACAUUUUAGAGAACAUAAUUACAGUUGCACAUGCAGAAAACAAGGUGAAACAAUUAUAACCCACGAAUGGAUGGAACUUCUUGUUGAUGCAGACUCCCCGUACAUCCCGUGCAACUUUCUUUGGCCUAAUGGCAGAGCAGUAAAGUCGCAAUCAAUAAAAAAUGCACAGACAGUGAGUCGGCAAUGCAUAGGGCGCUUUGUUUGGGCACUUGAUGUCGCGGAAUGAUACAAUACAGCGCAAACGGAUUAGUUUGUUACGUGCAAUACCGCAUUAAAAACCAGACAGUGGAUGAAAACCAAGGAAAAAUUUUGGACAAAAACCGAAUCAUACAAUAGAUUGCACCCUUCGAGUUGGGAGUGAGGUCUUGCCCCAGGUGGAGGAGUUAAAGUAUCUCAGGGUCUUGUUGACGGGUGAGGGAAGGUUGGCGCGUGAGAUCGACAGGCGGAUCGGCGCAAUGUCUGCAGUAAUGUAGUGAAUCGUAGUGAAAAGAGAGCUGAGCCGGAAGGCAAAGCUCUCGAUUUACCGGUCGAUCUACGUUCCUACUCUCACCUACUGUAUGGUAAUUAGGUUUGGGUUGUGAUAGAAAGAACGAGCGGCCGAAAUUUGUUUCCGCCGUAGGAUGGUUGGAGUCACCCUAAGAAAUAGGGUGAGGAGCUCAGAGAGGAGCCACUGCUCCUUCACAUCGAGAGGAGCCAGUUGAGAUGGCUGGGUCGUCUCGUCCGAAUGGCUCCUGGACGCCACCCUGGCGAGGUGUUCCGGUCAUGCCCAACCAAGCGGAGGCCCCGGGGCAGACCUAGGACAUACUGGAGGAAUUAUGCCUCAUGUCUGGUCUGGGAAUGCCUCUUUGUUCCCCCCAGUGGAACUGGAAUAGGUGGCUGGAGACCGGAAGUCUGCGCUUCCCUAUCCAUGACUUGGACCCAAUAAGCGGAAGAUGGAUGGACCGAACCGUACAAAAACUGGGGCGUAUGAAAGUCGAGGUUUGACUGUACUUGUGUGGUGUCACUUCUUGCUGUUUACGGAUCUGACCACAGACUAACAUGUACAUGAACUUAAUAUUGUAGUCCGUCCAAUCAUUACUACCUGUGCCAAAUCUUCUAUUUGUUUGUUAGUGUGCAUUGGAGGAUUAAAGUCUUCAGUAAUAAGGUCAUGAGGAUCAACAGUUUGAGGAAAAACCACACACAACACAGCCUGGAACUUUCACAAGUUUUGUUGGUGACUCUAGCAAGAAAAGCACACCUUAGCUGAUUUCAUCGAAGUGUGGGGUUGAAGUCAGGACUGUUGGCAGACCACUCCAUUCUUUCUAAUCUCAAACUGUGGAGGUAGGUCAUGUAGGUAGGGCGCGAAAAUUGUCAGGAUGGGCCAAGAGUGAAUUCGAUAAGAUCAGCUGUGUUUCGUCAUUGUCCUGCACGUGUCCCAGACAUAGCAGUUAGUUUCCACAUCAAAGGACUUUCUUUCACUUGUACAGUAUAAAGCUUCUGUCGUGUUUCCAAGGAUACUUUUACAGGCUCACAGGAACACGGUGGAUUGAACCAGCAAGUUUCAGGUUGGGCAACGACAACUCUACCACCUGAGCCAUGCGCCUUAUCAAUAACAAUCAUGGCAGUGUUUGCCCUACCAUUAUGUUAGGGGCCACCACAUUGACAUUGUGGACCAAUUUGGAGUCUUUCUGAUGCUUUCUAUGAUGAAAGUUUGUGAAAUGCAACUACACGGGAGCGAUUGCAAUACAGAUAUGUUUUGCACAUGCACCCCAAAUGUAACUGCAGAGGAAUCUCCUCACCCUGCGCCCUCCCAAUGCUGUAAACCGAGGGGAAACACGGUAUGGAUUGCCAGUUCUUGGUGCAGACUCCAAAUGAGCACUUAAGCAUGGUCUGUGCUCCUAUUAGAAAUCAAAGCAAAAGUCAAAAGCAGAAGAACAAACAUAUUCAAUUCCCACAAAUGCCCUGACAAAUGGGGCAUCAUUUAAAAGGGGAAGCAUCUUCCCAAUGGUAUCACAUGUAUCGGCAUUGAACUUUUUGUUUUAUGCUUGGAAACAUAUAAUAAAGAACAAAAUGUCUGUCUAAAAAGGCCUGGCUAGCCCUGUGUUUUUGUUUGUUUUUAAUUCCAAACGUAAACCAGGCUAACGAGCGCUUCACCUUUCCUCCUUGAGGUCCCCCUCCCCCACCCACCAGUGGAUUGUGAUGCAAUGUUGUGACUCCAUUUCCUAUUGGAAGAAAAACGCCCAGCAUGAAGAGAGAAGUCAAGAUGUUUUAUAAAUAUUCAUGAUUUGAAUUAUACUCUUUAAACUUUGUGAUUAUAAUUGUCUUUUAUGAUGAGUUAAAAAAAAGAACUGUUUCAUUUAAAAUGCUGCAUAUAUUUUAUUUUCUUGGUUUGUUCUCAAAUUAAAUAGUCUGUAGCAA